CCUAAAGGUGACAUCCUCCGGCAAAGUGGAACUAGAGAGAGGAGCAAGCGCGUAUAAGGGCUUGGUCAUCCCACAUCGAUAAAAUAGAAUCGUGAUACUCUUUUAAUAAACUGCUCCCCAAGCACUCCCAUCAUCGCGCACCCCAACAUCUCGAUCAGAUCUCAACGUUUCAAUAAAACCAACAAAAAAUGGCAGCCGGCACCAAGCGCAAGCAUCGCGCUGACGAACCCGACGGUCCCGCCCUCAAAUCCGCCAAAUCCGCAGCCCUCUCCCUGCCGUCGCCACCGCACAACGACACCCCCACAACCAAGAAGGCGAUGAUCCCCGCCAAACUCACCACCACCGCCGUCACCGCCGCCGUCGCGGGGGAGGACAUGACGCCGCAACUCGAGCGGAUCGCCUCCUCCAACCGCACCCCCUUCGAGAAGCGCGUGUGGACCCUCCUCUGCCAGGUCCCACGCGGCCAGUUCACGACAUACGGCCUCCUAGCCGCGGCCCUCGGACAAUCCUCGUCCUCCUCCUCGGCGUCGUCUCCGCGCGCCGUAGGCAACGCCCUGCGGCGGAACCCCUUCGCUCCGGGGGUGCCCUGCCACCGCGUCGUGGCGACGGGCGGGGCGCUAGGCGGGUUCAAGGGCCGGUGGCCGCGGGACGGGGAGGGGAUCACGCUGGACGAGAAGAGGGCGCUGCUCAGGGCCGAGGGGGUCAGGUUCGAUGCUGCUGGAAGGAGGGUGCUGGGGUCGCCGUUUCUGGCGUUUGUUUAAGGGGGU